AUGAAUGAAGACACAGAAAACCCCUCCACUGUAGUGCGAUCCACGCAGAAUGAAAUUCCCUCUCUUCCGGUCAUCGUACCUACGCUUCGUCAGCUUGACAUGCUCUCACAAGAUGACCUCGAACUUGUUCAUACGUCCAACGUCCUGCGGCCUUCACAAUUGUCGGGACAACGACCAAUGAGGGUGGCUUUUGCGCUUCUCGUACUUCUUGCAUAUCGUCGUGAGAGGUUACGAGAUCAAAGGUUCUCUGACAGCCCAUGGGAUCGCUGGUUUCAAGAGACCGAGGCAAAGCGAGGGCUAGUAGUCAUUGAAAAGAAUAUUCAAUUGCUAUGGGAGGAGUUUUUGUCAUCCUAUUGCAACCCAAAGGAUGUUGAAGGCGCUCUUUGGACCGAGUUUCCACUUGAAGAAGGUUGCAGUCAAAGGAUCCGAGUGGUAGACCAUCUGGCAGAAGCUGAUCCACCCAUUUACCUGCUUACCCACCAAGUUGUUCAGUACAGCCUGCUCAAUUAUUGGCGCAAAGGUCCUGUCGUGGAUCCUUCUACUGCUCGACAUUAUCUGACGACAAAGUACGACUCGCUUUGCACACCAAGGUUGUCCCAUGCAGUCGAUUUGGGUUCUCGGAUGAUUUUUUUUGCACUCCUUGCGUCUUACACCUUGGAUCCCCCUCGCAAACCAUCCAUUUACAUUGCGUCUCUGGAGUAUAUUCACGCCAGAGAAAUUUUUUUAAUGCUCUUCGCAGUAUCUAUUCCAUGGCUAUAUCUUGGAAUUCCUUUUGCACUUACCACUCUCGCAUUCCUGUCCUCACUUCCCUCCGUUCCUUUCCCUGGAGAUAUCGCGUUUAACAUCCUUCUCAUUUCCCUGUUCUCUCAACUGUUCUUGUUUCACUUGCCAGUUCCACCUUGUCCAAUAUUCAUCUUUUCCCUGCAGGAUACACUGCCGUUCGUUCUUCUACUAUUUUGGAGGGUGUCACACGUCAUUGUGAGGCUAUUCUUAUUCUUUUUGCCGGCUCUCAUUCUAUCUCUAUACCUGCUGUCCUUCUCAAUGGCAGAUACCUUCCUGCGGAUACAAAUCACCUCUUGGCUGGUUGAUCCUUCUCCGAUGGAAACUAGAGGGGGAUACCUAGUUUUGUUGUUUCUUGUUAUGGCUAUGAUUUGCAUCUGCUUCUUCGUUGUUGUUCCUGUCUCAUCACCACUUAUCUCGUCGCCGUCUUGGGAUGUAUACUCGAAAGAUAUCGGUGUUGCUGCACGAACAGCUUUUGUACAUGCACUGAUUCGAUAUUCGUACCCUUAUCCGUUUCCUCCUCCUUUCAAUACCGUUCGUUUCCUGUUCUUGUUAAUACCGUCGUUCGUCUUCCAACGACUGGGAGUUCCACCUUCGCUGUUCGAUAAGCUUAACCGAGGAUUAUGGAGACUUAUAGUCGGACCUGUAUUCCUUCUGAUUGGCGUUCUCAUGUCAAAACUUCCUUAA